AGGACCCUUCCUCAGGUGCUUUUCCCCUUGGAGGAAACCGGUGGUUUAUUCUCCUGAAGCCAACUUUACCCGUGUUGAUUUCCUGCACUAUUGCCCUCUCAUACACGCAGAAUGCACCAGGCACCCCGUGACUGCCUCAGCUAGGCAUCUCUGGCUGCUGGAUAAAUCCUUGACGGGUUGUUUUUUUAUCUCUCUUGCACCACUUUUCUGCAGGCAGCCUGUCUGUAACAAGCCAGGGUGUGUUUGUGCUCUGUGACACAGUCUUCUGCAGAAGAGUUUGAGGAUAUUUGGAGCUCGUGAGUGUUGGCAGUUUAGAGGAAACCACAAUCUGGCAUGAAGUGAUAGUCCUGGGCUGUUCAAGUAGGGGUUGGGUUCUGUAAAUCUCAUACUUUGCUGGUUUGUAAGAUUUAUUGCCUAGCAAAUUCUGUUUACAUAUGUUUUUAAUGGGAGAAUACAGGGAUACAAGAGAGAGAUAUUUUUGUGUUUCUUCUUGAAUAGCACGACCUUUAAAAGAAUCUGUAACCUCACUUGAUGUGCUCUUAGGAAAGGCAGCUGUGGCUGGGACUAAGUCAUACCCAUGGUCUGCAUGACUGACUCAGUGUUGGAGAGCAGCCCUGUCUGACACCGUUCAAAUGACAGAACAGCCUGGAAGGACCAACAAAAGGCCUGCCUUUAUAUAUCUUAAUAGGUUGGAGCAGUAUGAAAGAAGAUGAUACAACAAUCUUGCCAUCACAACCUGACUUACUAUUGCAAACCGUGAACUGCCAACUAAGCUGCCUGCUUUGCUGCCAGAAUAGUUUAUGGCUGUGAGGAAUCAGGUCACCCUAGAAAAAUGCGGCUGCUUCUGGACAGUAACUUUUCUAACAAUAUCGUUCAACACUUUAGAAUGAAAAAUGGAGUUGCAGUAUCUAGAGAAAUACCUUGGCUGAGAGUGGAAGGAAAUACUGGUGUGCUGCUGGUGCACGGCCCAGCUGAAGUGUGUCAGUGUGUUUGAUAGUGGCAGCUCUUACUAUCCUGUGAAAUAAACCUUAAAGCCUGGAAAAUACUUAGGAACAUAAAUACCUCUUUCCCUUUUGAAAUGCAACUCAAGUAUUGUUUGGCUGAUUUCCGUGUCAAAUGAUUUCUGUUUUGUAUUUCAUUGAAGGUGCUAUUAAAAUCCCAACUGUUUCCGUGUCUCCAGAGGACUUGAAUACAACUGCCAUGGCAGAAUUUGGGAAUUACAUUCAGGAAGUCUUCCCGGCUGUAUUUUCUUCAAAGUUCAUUCAACAUGAAAUUGUUGGGAAAUACAGCCAUCUCUUUACUGUUCAGGGUUCUGACCCUGAAAUGAUGCCCUAUAUGCUGCUCGCACACAUGGAUGUCGUGCCCGCUCCCCCCGAGGGCUGGGAUUUCCCUCCUUUCUCAGCUGCAGAGCACGAAGGUUUCAUCUAUGGACGAGGAACGCUGGAUAACAAAAACUCUGCCAUAGGUAUUCUGCAAGCUCUAGAAUUCUUGCUGAGAAGAAAUUACAGACCCCGCAGAUCUUUCUAUGUUGGUAUUGGACAUGAUGAAGAGGUGUUUGGUCAGAAGGGAGCAAUGGAGAUUGCAGCUCUGCUGGAAGCCAGAGGAGUGAAACUCUCCUUCUUACUGGAUGAGGGGAGUGCAAUACUGGAUGGCAUCAUUGCGGGAGUGAAGAAGCCAGUAGCUGUAAUUGCUAUCACAGAAAAGGGUUCAAUAACACUGAACUUCACUGUGGAAAAAGAGCCAGGACAUUCAUCCUUUCCUCCUAAGGAGACAACUAUUGGCAUUCUUGCAGCAGCGAUGUCCAGGCUGGAGCAGAAUCCCUUGCGCAAUCUCUUUGGCCAUGGGCCAGAACUCAUGACUAUGGAGCACCUUGCAUCAGAGUUCAGCUUUCCUCUUAAUCUCAUCAUGAGCAAUCUGUGGCUGUUUUCACCUAUUGUCAGCAGAGUUCUUGCCUGGAAACCUUCCACCAAUGCCUUGAUUCGAACUACUACAGCAGUCACCAUGUUCAAUGCAGGAAUCAAGACAAACGUCAUCCCAUCUUCUGCAAAAGCAACUGUGAACUUCCGGAUCCACUCUGCAGAGAAGGCCACUGAGGUGCUAGAGACAGUGAGGAACACUGUUGCAGAUGACAGAGUGAAGAUUGAUGUAGUAGAGGCCUUUGACCCGCUCCCCAUUAGCCCUUGGGAUGACCAGACAUUUGGAGUCCAUAUUUUUCAAAGAACCAUUCUGGAUACUUUCCCAGAUGUUGACAGUGUAGUCCCAGGCACGUGUAUUGGAAACACAGACAGCAGGCAUUUCACUAACGUCACAAAUGCCAUUUAUCGAUUUAACCCACUGCUCUUGAAAUCAGAUGAUCUUCCCAGGAUCCAUGGGUUGAAUGAGAGAAUCUCUGUUGAGAAUUACGAGAAACAGGUCGAGUUCCUCUUUCAGCUGAUUAAAAACUGUGACACUGACAAGCUUCCGGAGCCUCACGCAAACUCCCAUGAGCUGUGAGAAGAGCAGCUACUAAGGUGGACUCUGGAUGGCAGGGGUCUGGUCAGAACAUGCAUAUUGAGCACAUCUGGAAUCUGGGGGUUUUAUGUUGUGGUUUACGUACAGAUGGAAAAACUGCUGGUUGGGAAGUGUUGGGACCUGGACAAAACACAACAAAUAACCCUCACUUCUGUUCCUGGUCUGAUAUGCAGCUGUUAAUCUGAUGGUAUUAAUUUUUUGAUCACUUCUUUAAACCUCUGAAAUUGGUAGUCACUUAAAAUUCUAAGCUAUAAUCAGCAGUCCCUAUCAGUAAAAGAGGUGGAUCUUCCUGCGCGUGUUUCUGACAAACUCAUUUUAUACGGUUAAUUGAUUUCUGACAAAUGAUGUGUCUGUCAAAAGCUCAUGUGGAAGGUUUGUGUCACUGGUGGAGUUGCACUAGGAGUUUGUUGCCCUGCUGCUUGGUGCAGGCUUCCUCGCGGGGUGCUGCUCUCAGCCAGCGUCACCGCGCUCUCAGCCCGUGUCAGCGUUAACUUGCUACUGCUAAGUUCUCCCAUGCAUGCACUGAUUUCUGACUCGAUUUUAAACUACUGAGCUCUAGAAGUUCUAGCUGUGUUGCUUUAUCUGAUGUGGCCCAGAUCUCAGAGGUGCUGAAAACUUUUCUUCCUGUCUUUUUUUUUUUUUUUUUUUUUUCCCCCCCCCCUCUCACUUUUUGGCUCAUGGCAUGUUGUGCAGCUGGGUGUCAGAAUAAGGAAUUGCAGCUUUAAAUAAAACUAAAUCUGUGUUGUCUGCUCAUA